UUGCACAAGGCUGCUUUCCAAGGGAACCCAUUGCUCGUGUCGAGGUUGAUUGAGCUAGGGGCAAAUCCGAAUGCACAGACGGAAACAGGCGCAACCCCCUUGCAUAUUGCAGCAGCGUAUGGACACUUCACUACUAUUUCUUAUCUCUUGCAGCUGGGUUCAGACCCUUUCAUCAAGAAUCUUGAUGGGGACAGACCCCUCGAUCUUGCAAAGUUCAAAGGAAGGUUGGAAUUUAUGUGCGUGUGUUGA